UAUGUCUGCCCCGCUCUGUUGUCCAUGGGAGGUGCUCAGAAGCGUGGAGGCCUUGGCAGCUGCUCUGGGCUGGAAGGGAGAGGGGAGCCCCACACGUGUGUUUGGAGCUGUGCUCAUCUGCACCAGCCAAGGGAGGCUUCCAAUGUUUGUUAGCAAAUUACUCUGGACUGGGAGCCCUGAGCAGGCCUAGAGGCAGCGCUUGGGAUUGCUCUGGUAACACUGCACGUGUGCUCCCAGCGCUGCUAAUGAAUUGCUUCGUUGCUAACACGUAAUUAACAGUGCUUUCAUCGACGAGGGCCGAGGACAAACGCAGCGGGCGGCCCCGCACGGACUACCGCUCCCAGCGUGCCCCGCGGCCGACGCCACAUCCGGGUUCCUCCCACCCUCCUCCGCCUUCCGAGCGGCAUUUCCUGCCUCGACCGGAUCCCAGGCUCCUCAGCGCCGCGCUGACUGACGGCCGCGACGCCCAAUAGGCGCUGGGCGUGGCGCCGUGCGGACCAAUGGGCGCGCGCGGGGCGGGCGAGCGACGACAGGCAGAGGCUGUGCGGCGGGGGAGGGGCGGCUCCUCCCGGCUGGCGGCGGCGAAGAUGGCAGAUUUUUUGAAAGGAUUACCGGUCUACAACAAAAGCAACUUCAGCAGAUUCCACGCGGACUCUGUAUGUAAAGCAUCAAACAGAAGACCAUCGGUAUACCUUCCCACGAGAGAAUACCCAUCUGAACAAAUUAUAGUAACAGAAAAGACAAAUAUACUUUUGCGUUAUUUACAUCAGCAGUGGGACAAAAAGAAUGCGGCAAAGAAGAGAGAUCAAGAGCAAGUGGAAAUAGAAGGUGAGAACUCGGCGCCACCACGAAAAAUCGCUCGGACAGACAGCCAGGAUAUGAACGAGGACACUUAAACUCUCGGGCCUCUGCUCUUCUACUUUGCAGGCGCUUCCUGUUUUGUCUCAAAGUGUGUAAAUUUUGCCCCUUGCCCCCAUCUCUCACCCCUCCACUAUGCAGCCCAAACCACUUUUGACUUCAUAGGAGCCAAUGUAUUUAUUUCUUUUUUUUCUCCUUUUUUUUUUUUUUUUUUUUAAUUUAUGCCGUAAAACUUGCGGAGCCAUGGUGGAACCAUCCAGUAAAACGUGUAGUGUAACCUUAGCUCCUCCUUUCUAAAAACAUACACUGUCACUUUAACAGGUUUUGUUAAAUCUGUUACCCAAUGAACCAGCUCUAGCUGUGGAAACCUGGGAAGGAGACGUGGGUCAUUGCAGAACCCCAGAGUGGUCCGGGCUUUCUGGUUCGUGUUCCCAUUGACAUAAGUGGUUAACUCUUCUUUGGAUGUGCCCAGUCCAGCCAGAAGUGUGGGGCCUCGCUAUUCUUCUCAAAUAUUCUGAAAUUGGCACUGCACUUAAAAAAUCAUAAUCAUAAUCAUGGAUGUCAUUUAGGAUUAUGUUGAUCUUAGCAAAUGUGUUGUCAACUUGGUCUAUCAGUUGUAUUCUUUUGGUCUGUUCUGUAAGGGCCACGGUCAUUUAGCAGCGUACGUUAUCUCAUGCAUAGGUGGUCAUGGAGAAUUCAAGUGAAAGGUGUGUUGCUUGUGUUGCUCUUAAAUUCUAACAGUCUCUUGGUCUUGAACAGACUGAUAUGUGCAACUUCUCCGUUGGAAUAAAUGGAUACUUUUAUCCUAUUCUGAGUAUUUGAUCAACAGUGUAUUUAAGCAGCAGCUGAUGGAUGGAGUGAGGUAGGCACCCUGCGGGCAGCGCUUGGUGGAUGUGUCUGGGAGCACCUCAGCAUCUCAUCUGGUUCUGCCUCUGCUGCCAGCUCUGACUAAUGGUACGCUGUGCUUUCUGGUGAUAUUGGCCUCUCUGGAACGGAGUCCGGGACUUAGAGUUGAUCAAAACGUGAGCUUCCGUGGUCUGUGCUUCAGACCAAUCUCUUUCGGACUGUGACAGCUCAGUGCCUGUUACCUGUAACCCUCCACUGGCUUCAGUAAGAGCAGAAAUGGAGCCCCUGAGUCACCUGGGUGGAUCCAGAGUUCGGAGACCAAAAGGAAAUGACCACCACCACCCGAAGGGGACGGGAGGUGUAGCUUAGUAACGAUGUCUUGUCUGCUUUCACGUAAGGAGCUGACUUCACACUGUGUUAGUUUAAAUCGAUACGUUUCUAACUGUGUUUUUUCCUCGUUCACGAAUCCAAAACGCCGAGAAAUCUGAGGAACGUUGUUCUAGAGGUCCUGGAGAAGCCCAGUGCUGUGCAGCCACCAGCUUGGAGGACAGGGCUUCUGCUCCCCAAUUCUGCACCACGUCCAUUCCCACCAGUGGACGCCACGUGCUCAGGUGUGGGGCUGAAGGGGACACGAAGGGAAACAGACUGUUCCUUAUGAGUGCACGUUGCAAGGCAGAGCCUUGGGGAGAGCAGGGCACAGCUCUCUCACGACUGCAUCUUUAGAUGUAUGCUAGGCAGCAAGUUUCUGAUGCGGUGAAUGAAUUUAACGUGAAGUUAACGCUGAGUAGGUUAGAACUCUGUCCCUGCCUCUGAAAACGUUCCCUUUUUGCUGUGGCAGUAACCUCCACAUUACUGGAAUGUUGCUGAAAGUGCCAACCGUGUUGGUGAAGAUAAUGAAUACUUAGAAUUCCAUGAGAUUUACUGGCAGUGGCGAGAAGACUCCUCCCAGAGUUACGCCGUCAAAAAGUGCUUCUGUGCAAAGUGCAAGACGUUAAGUGAAGGUGCUGCUUUAGCGUCUGCUCUCACAGGGAUCAUCUAAAGCUGAGACUGGAGAAUCCUUUGAAGAGCUGUGAGAUACCAAAAGAGGAAACGGACAUGCAGCUGGUGGUAAAGCGUGACCAAUUCGUGUGUUGGGCAAGUUGGAGAGCUGCAGCCUUGCAGGCUCGUGUUUGUACAGUGCUUUGGAGUUGUAAAAUGCUGUAUACUUGAUUGAUAUGGCAAGGUUUGGGCUUUGCUGACUUCUCUGCUAGACAGAGUGAUGUACUAUUAAAGAGAGUUGGCACUUCCUUCCUGUUGUAAACCCCCGUCUCUGUUCCCUCUGUGUCUUUAAAAAUGGCCUGGUUGCUUACUGGAGCCUUUGUAGUCUUUCAGAUAUUUUUAAGAGAUGAAAGAAAGUUGCCUUUUUUAAGCAGUUCUGAAGUGAUGGAGAAACUAAUCUUCAAAGAGACAUAAACUUAAGUAUCAAACUUGUCUUUCUCCCCUCCCUCCCCCCCCCCCCCAUUUCUGGUUGUGUACAAGCAGUGUGGAUUUCUGAUAAUCACAGUGAAUCUUUCUGCUUCCCAUCUGACCUGAAGCGAGAGCUUGCUUCUUUCCUCCUUCCUCCUCCAGCCCCGCUGUCUGUGCUGCUGCUGCCUGCAGCAAGCUGUCCUCAGGCUGCUGCACUUUGACCCUAUCCGUGUCCUACAUGGUAAGUGCAUCGAGUUGGAGUGUUGCAUGGAAGCUCUUGGCCUAACUGUGACUUCCUGGUGCCUUAGUGCAUUGCAAACAACAGGGAAAAAAAAGAAAAAAAUCCCUGGAUUUCUCGCUGACCGCACUGUUUGUACAACACCUGGUGAUUCUGACUCUCUUGUUACAAGGUGACUGAAAUCUAGUGACCCUCAGGGGUUUUUUGUAAGUCUGCGUAGUGGUAUUUGUAUUGUUUCUGUUACGAUGUAUACUAAAGGUUUGGCUUUUUUAAUGAAAACUUGAGAUGCUUGUCAGAGACCAGAAUAUUACGAUGAUGCUUUUUUUUCGUUGAAUAGGGAAUCUUUGCUCAAUAAUCAAAGCAGCAGGACUUCUCUCUACGAGGGGACGACAGCAGGGUGCUCCUGGGAGCAGCUGAGCUGUGCUCUGGGUGAGUGUAGGAUGUCAAAAAGGCGCUGCCUUUUUCUUUAACAUAUAGCUGUACUAGUGACUGAUGUGCAGGGAAACUAACGCUUUGUUGAGGCUAAUUCUUGGCGUCGUGUGAACACUUUUCUUUAGGAGAGACGUAGUUAACCCCCCCCCCCCUACUCUUAACACCAAAUUAGAGGUGUUGGAAGGAAGAGCAGACUAAGACGUUCUGUUCUGUCAGUGGUUCCUGCCGUUUGUGGAUCCCUGCUCUGUAUUGUCUGAGUCUUUUCAGGUCAGGUAGCAUGGUUGGCUUCCAGCUGCUUCCUCCCUUCUGUCCUUGGAGGUUUUUCCAGGCCCUGCACAUCCCGCUGUGCACCCACGCCGCGCUGUCCGUGCUUGGAGCAGGGGAACGGAGGUGACCUCUGUAAUGAACACAGGGAGAUGCAAAAUGCAGCAGAACUUGUGGCAGGGAGGUUGGUUUGUGUAUGAAGCUGCCGAGCUGCGAAGGGCUGUUAGCAAAGCCUGUAGAGCUGGCAGGCAUGUGUGAAAGUUCCUGACAAGCCCCGAAACCGCGCUGAGCUGCGAAGAACAGAGCUGAGCAGUGGGAUGGGAAUCUGCUGCAGGGGAGGGAGCGCCCGAGGCCGCGGCUCAGCCUGGAGCUGGGUGUCACGCUGCCUCAGGAGCAGCAGGGGCAGGCUGAAGUCUUCAGUUGCACUUCACCCUAAGAAUGGAACCAUUUAGAUGUGUUAGAUCUGAAUGAAAAGGAAUAGUAGUCCUUCUUUUCUUAGCGUAGGUAAGACAUGAUGCAUCAACAAGCAUGCUGGUCCCAAACAGAUGGGAGAACCCGGGGGCACGCACAGCCCGGGCACUCCAUCCUCACCCCACUGCGAGCAGGGGCAGCUGUGCCCGUGUCAGGGCUUUGCUGAGGGUGGGAGGGCUGUGAGGUGUGCUGCAGUGCAGGACAGCUGGAGAACAGGUUUCCUUCCCUCCUGCCUGUGCCUUAAGCAGCACUUCAGUGGUGGCUGUUCAGACUGCUUCCCCCGAGACAGAUGUUGAAGGUGCUGGGUGUUAAUCUUAACGCUUUCACUCUGUGUUCUAGGUAGCUGGAGCAGGUAUAACUUCAAAGCUUUGUUUUUUUGCUGAGCUCUUUCUCACUGGCCUUAAUGGCAAAGACUAAGCACGGGAGUCUUGGGUUUGAUUUUUAUUUGUUAAGCGCUGUGGCUCUCGGCUGUGCUACCACUUAGCAUUUCCUGGCUUGUUUACUUACCAUUAGCUUCAUUUUUUUUUGAAAGAUUUUUCAGAUGGACCUGCAUGACUCUGAUAGGAAACCUAGUUUUCCUGCUUUACUGACGUCAGCCUGGCAGCAGGGGAGCUGUGCGUGACCAGAGGGGUUCCAGCUGAUCUCUCUCCGUGCCACAUUUUAUCUGAUUUUUCUGCUGUCUAACAAAGAGUGGGAAAUCCUUUCCUUUAAAGGAGAGAGGGCUGAGUUUACCUGGGAGCAGCGCAGGGUAUUUUUGGGAGCAAGGCAGAGGAUGCCCAGAAGGAGGUAUUGCAUCAUGGCAGCGCAGGCUGACCUUCAUGCCAUGCCGACUGCGCUUUGGGUUUCUCUUCAGCUUCCCAAACAGCUGUGCAAUUACUGGGGAAAAAAAAAAAAAAAUCUACACAUUGAAAAAGCUGAACCUGGGCUGCAGGGAAGGAGCUUUUUUAUUUUCCUUUGUAACUGAAGCGAGGGAAUGAAAUGCCAGCUUCCAGAUCGCUAACAAUGAGACUCUGUUUUUAAAGGCAAACUUCCCUCGCGGUCCCCAGGCGCGAUGAACUGAGACUCCCCGUGGGCGUGCUUUUAGAACGAGGUUGUUCUGGGGAUAGUUGGAAGAAGUCCUACAGGAGGUCCUGGUGCUUCCUGAGGAGCUGAGUGGCUUCAGCCUUCGGUGCUGUUGCAGGUUUUGCCCGUGGAAGCCCCGAGGAGGUGGCUGGCUGGCGAGGUGGGAGGGCUGGGUGCUGUGGGGCAGCGGUGCUCGCUGCCAGGCAGGGUUCUGCCUUCCCAUCCCUUCAGUCCUCCGCGUGGAGGCAAGAGGCAGCCCCAGCCCUCUAGGCAAGCAAAGCUCCCUUAAAGCUGCCUUGUGCACAAGGGCAGCAGCUUGCUCUCUGUUGCUACCACUCGGCUUUUCAUUUCCUUGCACUCAUGAGCAAAGCAAACUUCAUUUGGCGAGCAAACUGCAGGAACGCGUCCCGCUGCUCCCAGCUCCGUAAACACCGCUCGUCCUGGUUAGCUCUUAGCAAACUGCCAUGCUGGCACUGCCGGGAUGCUGCUGUUUGCACACACCCACACACGCAGUGCUUCUAGCUGAGAAGCGCACGAUACUAACAGCUAAACCGGUCACAUCUAGCAGGUGUGGGGAGGGCUGGGGCUGCCUGAGCGUGCUCCUCGCUGAUGGCUCUCACAUCCAGAGACAGGAGAUGACGAAUCCCUUACUGUAAGGAGCAGCGUGAGGUCUGAAUGGAUGCUCGGAGCUGAGUCACUGCGCUGCAGCAGUGCCGGCUUCCAAACGCCUUCAUUUCUUAUUCAUCAGCUCCCGGUGCCUCUCGCAGCCUCCGUGGGUAUUUUUAGUGGGAGCAGCCGUCCUUGGCCAGCCGUGCACUGGGACAGAGCGUCUCAGCUCCCCGCUCCCUGCCGGCCCCCGCCGCUGCUGGCUCCGUGCAGCACGCGGGCUGGCCUUGGCAGCACAGCAUUCAGCUUGGGAGCCCGUGUUCCUUUCCACCCGUCUCAGCAACUCAGAACUUUCCCCUUUUGCAAAAAUGUUUGUCGGGUGGGUCCGGGAGAAGGGGGGGUUUUCCUGACAGCUGCGUGUUGGCAGAAGGGCUGCCGUCGUGGAGCGACUGUAAAAUACCGCUGUUAGUCGAAUGUCGCGGCCGUGGUUUGAUUUUUUUUGUUGUUUUGUUUUUCUUUUUGCAGUUAUUUUUAAACGAUUCCGUGUUUGAUACUGUGUACAAUAAAUUUGCAGAAUUUA